AUGCCAAACAUAGCAGGUCCCAAGGACACCGCUAGAGUUCUUUUAGCAUCAGUUUCCAAGUCGGUGAUGCUAUAUGCUGCUCCUGUGUGGGCGCAUGCUACAACCAUUAAGUCGUAUUCACGUGUAAUGAAGAGUGCACAUAGACUGGCAAACCCACGCAUCUGCCGUGCUUACCGUACAGUAUCGGAGUAUUGGCUGGAUGUAUUGGCUGCGGGAGUAUUGGCUGGACGCAUGCCAAUAGACCUUGAAGCGUUCUUGGCCAGAGACAGCUUCUUCCAGCGCUCUCGUCGGCGAACGACUGAAACUGAGCAAUCUCUGUCAGAGUCUUAUCUAGAUAUAAGAGACAAAUACCUUAAUGAAUGGCAACAUAGGAUUAUAUCUCUAUGGAAAUCUUAA